AUGUCUUCGCAGCAAGUGCCCCAGCUCAACAUCGAUCGCUACGUCGUGAUCCACGUUGCGACCACCUGUGACGAACACGGUGUCUACGUUACCAAGGACUCCGCCGAGGUCAUUGAGCUUGGAUGGAUUCUCCUCGAUGCCAACACUCUCGAAGAGAUCACCCACGAAAGCGUCCUCGUCAAGCCGGUCAACACUCCCAUCACCCCGCUAUGCACGAGUCUGACGACUCUGACGUGGGAACAUGUCCGAAACGCUGGUACCUUUAGGGAUGCCAUCACCCGCUUCGACACGUUUGCUACCGAGUACCUGACUUCGAAAAACCUUGACUUCGUCUUCGUCACCCUCGACGCCUGGGACCUCCGAGUUCAGCUCCCGCGAGAAGCCCGCGACAAGGCCGUUGUGCUGCCUCCCUAUCUGCAGCACUCCCGCACCUUCGACCUGCGAACUGAAUAUCAGCGAUGGCAGCAACACCACCCCGAGUCUCUGCCCUUUGGGCCCUCGAUGCUCUCCAACAUCUGCGCGGCUCUCGAGGUGGAGCCAGUGCAGUCAAGUGCGCCCAUUAAGCAUAACUUGCCAUUCCACCUGCAGGCUCUGGCUCCCGCCUCGCCCCGUCGCGCCAUGGAGGAGGCCAUCACCUUGGCCCGCGUCCUUCGUGGCUUGAUCCGCAAGUCUCAGCCCCCGCAAGAUCACCCUGAUGUUUUGACUAGGCCAAUGGAUGCCAGGGCAGAUGUCCGAGCGUUCCUUUCUGAGAGGAGCAAGGUUUUGCACAUGUCUGGUUUGCCGCAUGACACUACCCAGUCCGAGCUGGAGAGCUGGUUCACCCAGUUUGGCGGCCGUCCUAUUGCUUUCUGGACUCUUCGGACUCCCGAGCAGCACAAGCCCACUGGCACCGGCUUCGCCGUCUUCUCUUCUCACGAAGAAGCUGCUGAAAGCUUGUGUAUGAAUGGCCGUGCCCUGAACGAGAAAGCUAUCGAAGUUUCCCCUUCUUCUAGCCGAGUCCUGGAUCGCGCUCAGGAUAUCUUGACGCCCUUCCCGCCGAGCAAGAACCGCCCCCGACCUGGUGACUGGACUUGCCCCUCUUGCGGCUUUUCCAACUUCCAGCGCCGCACGGCUUGCUUCCGUUGCUCGUUCCCUGCUGUUGGAAGUGGAGGUCCCGGAGAGAUGGGCGGUCCUGGCGGCUACGGAUACGGUUACGGACCCCCAGCCAUGAUGCCCCCUCCUCACCACGGCGGCCACCACGGUCCCAUGGGUCACGGUGGACGCAUGGGCGGCGGCGGCGUCGUGCCUUUCCGUGCUGGAGACUGGAAGUGCGGAAACGAAGUGUGCGGAUACCACAACUUUGCAAAGAAUGUCUGCUGUCUCCGCUGUGGUGCCAGUCGCGCUGGUGCUGCCGUCGUCGCGGACUCCGGUUACCCCUCCCCCAUGGAUAACGGCUCUCAAUACGGCAUGAACCAGGGCUCGAUGGCCGGUACCCCUGGCCCCGGCCCCUUCGCUUCUGGAGGAGCCUUUGGAUCAGGCGGUGGCUACGGCCAGCACUUCGGCGGCCCCCCUAGCCACUUUCUCCCUUCAGGAAUAGGCGGCAGCGCCGGCGGUUACCCGGGCUCCAUGAAUUCUCAGGGUUUCGCUUCCGGUCCUGGCGCGCAUUCCGCCGGUCCAUUUGACAGCAGAGCUGCCGAGGCGGCUUUCCAAUCUGCGACUAACGGCCCCGUCUCUGGCGGACCUGGCAACAACUUCUACAACAACAACAGCGGCAACCCCGGCAACAACGAGAACGACCCCUUUGCCUUCCUGAGCAGCGGCAUUGGCGGCCUCACUGUCAGCGGCGACGCCCGUCAGAACGGUGCUGGUGCCACUCCCAGCAAGUCGCCCGCCUAA